CAGAACUCGGGCGAAGCAGAGCAAUGUUUUCAUGCCUACUGACGACCUGCGCUAGUAUCUCUGCCAUGGCGCCCGUGAUGUUGCUGACUGAGGAGGGGACAUCGUAGUAUCGUGUUUUAAUUUGCUUCAGUUAAUUGUGCUCUGUGCAUUUUACAACUAUAUGUUUGAAUUGGAUUUUAUCUAUUUCUGAAUCCACCAUGACCGUGGAGCAGAAUGUCCUCCAGCAGCAUUCGCAGAAGCACCAGCAGACUCUACUUAACCAGUUGAGGGAGGUCACGGGCACCACAGACGUUCAGCUGCUUCAGCAAGCUCUGCAGGUGAGCAAUGGAGAUCUGGCCGAGGCCGUGGCGUUUCUGACGGAGAAGAACGCCAAGGCUCCUCAGGAAGAUGACACCGCCUACUACCAGACGUCCCAGGUGGCCAGCGACAGAUACAUCAGUGUCGGUAGCCAGGCAGACACAAACGUCAUUGACCUUACUGGGGAUGAUAAGGAUGAUCUGCAGAGAGCCAUCGCUCUCAGCUUAGAGGAGUCCAACCGGGCCUUCAGGGAGACGGGCAUCACCGAUGAGGAGCAGGCCAUCAGCAGAGUUCUGGAGGCCAGCAUAGCCGAGAACAAGGCGAGUCUGAAGCGGACCCACACAGAAGUGUGGAGCGACUCCCCCAACCCGCAUGACCGGAAGAGGGUCGACACCUGCCCCGUCGGGCUGAAAAAUGUUGGCAAUACCUGCUGGUUCAGUGCUGUCAUUCAGUCUCUGUUCAACCUGCUGGAGUUCCAGAGGUUGGUGCUUCACUACUCCCCGCCAGCCCGAGUGCACGACCUGCCUCGCAACCAAAAGGAGCACAGGAACCUGCCCUUCAUGCAGGAGCUGAGGAUCCUCUUCUCCCUCAUGGUGGGGUCCAAGAGGAAAUAUGUGGAUCCAUCACGAGCUGUGGAAAUCCUCAAAGAUGCCUUUAAGUCCAGCGAGUCACAGCAGCAAGAUGUGAGCGAGUUCACCCACAAGCUGCUGGACUGGCUGGAGGACGCUUUCCAGAUGAAGGCCGAGGAAGACAGGGAGGGCGAGAAGCCAAAGAACCCCAUGGUGGAGCUCUUCUACGGCCGCUUCCUUGCUGUGGGCGUCCUGGAAGGUAAAAAGUUUGAGAAUACAGAGAUGUUCGGACAGUACCCGCUGCAGGUGAAUGGCUUCAAGGAUCUCCACGAAUGUCUGGAAGCAGCGAUGAUCGAGGGAGAGAUCGAGUCCCUGCACUCGGCAGAGAACACUGCCAGGUCCGGACAAGAGCACUGGUUCACAGAACUCCCUCCUGUGUUGACCUUCGAACUGUCACGGUUUGAGUUUAACCAGGCCCUUGGCCGUCCAGAGAAGAUCCACAACAAGCUGGAAUUUCCCUCUAUGCUCUACAUGGACAGGUACAUGGACAGGAACAGGGAAGUAACCCGGAUCAAGAGGGAGGAGAUCAGGAGGCUGAAAGAGCACCUGACGCUGCUUCAGCAGCGACUGGAGAGGUAUCUGAGUUACGGCUCUGGCCCCAAGAGGUUUCCUCUGGCAGAUGUUCUCCAGUACGCCAUGGAGUUUGCCUCCAGUAAGCCAGUGUGCACUUCCCCAGUGGAAGACAUUGACUCGUCAGCGCCCCCAGGUGGCACAACCGGACAACCGCUGUCCCAACCGAGCACAGCCGAGCAGGACCCCUUGCCUCCCUUAGAGAGCUCAGGUUCUGCCUCAGUUCCCACUCCAGCUGCCACUGCAGGCCAGCAGCAACGAGUACCCAUUCAUAAGCCCUUUACCCAGUCCCGGCUGCCCCCCGACCUCCCCAUGCACCCUGCCCCGCGCCACAUCACCGACGAAGAGCUGAGGGUGCUCGAGGGCUGCCUGCACCGCUGGAGGAGUGAAGUGGAAAACGACACUCGUGACCUGCAGGGCAGCAUCAACCGAAUCCACAGGACCAUUGAGCUCAUGUAUUCUGACAAAUCCAUGAUGCAGGUCCCAUACCGGCUCCACGCCGUGCUUGUCCACGAAGGCCAAGCCAAUGCAGGCCACUAUUGGGCUUACAUCUACGACCCCCACCAGCGUUGCUGGAUGAAGUACAACGACAUCUCCGUCACCAAGUCGUCCUGGGAGGAGCUGGUCCGGGACUCCUUUGGAGGCUACCGCAACGCCAGUGCCUACUGCCUCAUGUACAUCAACGACAAGAAGCCUUUUCUCAUAGAAGAGGAGUUUGAUAAAGAAACAGGACAGGUACUCGGCGGCAUGGACAAACUACCUCCAGACCUGAAGCAGCAUGUGAGGGGGGACAAUGAGAUGUUUGAAAAGGAGGUCCAGGAGUGGGACGCCCUGCAGAUCCGCAAGGCCCAGCAGGAGAAACUGGCCCUGGCUGCUGCCGCUGCCGCCGCCGCCGCAGCAGCAGCUGCCGCCGCCGCCUCCACCCCGGCAGCUUCCAGCACCUCUUCCUCCUCCCCUCAGCCCAUGAGCAUUGAUUCCAGCCCUCCAGACAACACAGUAGCCCAGCCAGAGCCAGAGUACAUGGAGCAGCCAUCACCCACAAACGACUCCAAACACCUGCAGGAGGACACGGAGAGGGCCAUCUCCAGGGCCGCUGCCGAGCAGGAGGGGAGGAGCCCCGAGGCACUGCUAAACGCUUCUCCUCCCGCUCCCCCCUCCCCACUGCCCGAAGUCCAGCCGUGCACUCCCACCAAAGCCCCUCCCCCUGACCUGGUCCCGGCAGACGAGUCCCCUGGCCAGCGCACGGUCGAGGUGGCCAUUCCCAACGUGGGGACCUUUGUCAUUGAGUCAGAAGAGGGGGGGUACGAUGAUGAGGCGAUGAUGACCCCCAACAUGCAGGGUGUAAUUAUGGCCAUUGGCAAAUCCAGCAGCGUGUAUGAAAAGAACGGGCCUGAGACCGCCUUUUUUAAGGCCAUAAAGCUGGAGUAUGCUCGGCUGCUGAGGUUUGCCCAAGAGGACACGCCUCCAGAGAACGACUACAGACUCCAGCACGUCAUCGUCUACUUAAUACAAAACCAGGCGCCUAAAAAGAUUCUGGAGAGGACUCUGCUCACUCAGUUUGCUGACCGGAACCUGGCCUUUGAUGAGAGAUGUAAGAGCAUUAUGAGUGUGGCACGUGCCAAACUGGACCUAAUCAAACCGGAGGAGGUCAACAUGGAUGAAUACGAGAUGUGGCAUCAGGGUUACCAGAAUUUCCGCGAGACAACAAUCCUCAUGAUGAUCGGCCUGGAGCUGUUUCAGAAGACAAACUACACGGAGGCUCUGAUGUAUCUGAUUUACUCCUACCAGUACAACAAGGAGCUUUUGUCUAAAGGGCAGUACAGAGGGCACGACGACGAGCUGCUCGGUCAUUACCGCCGAGAGUGUUUGCUGAAACUCAACGAGCAGGCGGCUGCCAUGUUUGAGUUGGGGGAAGAGCCGGAUGUGACCACGGGCAUCGCCAUCAUGAACGACCUGGUGGUGCCCUGCAUCCCUCUGCUGCUGAUCCAUGACGCCGAGAGGGACCUGCUGGCAGUGGAGGACAUGAGGAACCGCUGGUGCUCCUACCUGGGCCAAGAGAUGGAACCAAACCUCCAGGAGAAGCUGACUGACUUCCUACCCAAGCUGCUGGACUGUUCUACUGAGAUCAAGAGCUUCCACGACCCUCCCAAGCUGCCCAGCUACUCCACGCUGGAGCUGAGUGAGCGGUUCAGCCGCGUCAUGGCCGCCAUGGGCAGGGUGCCCUCCGACGGGAGAUGAGCUGCAGAAGGACAGAACCCAACCCGGGCUGACAUCCAUGGAAUUCUCUUAACCCAUGCCUUCCUUCUAACUCGCUUCUAGCUGUUACUCCUCGGUUACUCUUCUGCUGCUAUAGAUUUUACCAUUAGAAAUAUUAUGUCAUUUUUUAUUUUGAAGCAAAACAUAACAGAGGAAGGAAGGCGGACUGUUUGGGAAGGAAUCAAGAAAAGAGGCGAUGUUAAAAAAAAAAAAAAAAAUUGUGGCAAUCCUGCAGUGGUUGAAAGCCAAGCACACUCUGCUUCAGCUUUUUAUCAUUUUUUUUAAUAAGAAAACACGUUUGAGGGUUUUUCAUAGUUGAUUAUUAUUAUUAUUAUUGUUGUUGUUGUUGUUGCUAUUUGAUUCAA